AUGGCUGAAUCAAUUACUUCAACAUCUCUUCUUGGGCACCGGCCGCUCUAUACAGGAGCUUUCAUUAAGGAUGUCUCUAACAAGAGGAGGCCUUCGGAUAACUGUCGGUUCCCGAUGGCAGAUAUUCUUGGUAGAAGGAUUACUAUGGCUCCUCCUUUGCCAAAGUUAAGAGUUGAUCACUCAAAAAAUUCAUCAAUUAAGGCCCUUGCAAUGGAGCUAGCGAAAGAGACCUAUUCAUUCAAGGAGGAUAGGAUUCCCAAGAAAUGGGAUUAUCCUAUCGAUACCAGUGUAGAUCGAAAACCUGGUUUGUGGCCACCAGAGAAUAAAGCAGAUAACCCUUCGCUACACAAUCCCUUGCUUCGACAAGAACGGAUGGGUAGUGGUUGGCUAGUUGCCAUAUUCGAGUGGGAAGGAGUUCUGAUUGAAGACAAUACUGAUCUUGAGAAGCAAGCCUGGCUGGCUCUUUCUCAAGAAGAAGGAAAGUCUCCUCCCCCAGCUUUCAUGCUUAGAAGAAUAGAAGGUAUGAAGAAUGAACAGGCAAUUUCUGAAGUUCUCUGCUGGUCUAGAGACCCAGCACAGUUGAGAAGAAUGGCUACUCGAAAGGAAGACAUUUACCAAGCUUUGCAGGGUGGGACAUAUAGAUUGCGAGCUGGAUCAAGAGAGUUUGUGAAUUUUUUGAUGCAUUACAACAUACCGAUGGCGCUGGUCUCUACACGUCCAAGAAAAACUCUUGAGGCUGCAAUUGGAAAUAUUGGUAUUGAAGGAUACUUCAAUGUGAUGGUAGCUGCAGAAGAUGUUCAAAGGGGGAAGCCUGAUCCAGAAAUGUUUGAGUAUGCGGCACAACUUCUAAAAUUCAUACCUGAGCGCUGCAUUGUGUUUGGGAACUCAAACCAAACGGUUGAGGCUGCCCAUGAUGCCCGGAUGAAGUGUGUGGCUGUUGCUAGCAAGCAUCCUGUAUAUGAGCUUGCAGCUGCAGACCUGGUGGUUAGGCGCUUAGACGAGCUAUCUGUGGUUGAUUUGAAGAAUCUUGCUGUUAUUGAAUCCACUGAAUUUGGGUCAGGGGAACCGGAGUUGGAAAUGGAAGAAGAAGCCGAUCCAUCUCCGUCAACCAGGGUAACAUUUGAUGAUAAUUUCUGGUAA